GGCUCUGUCCAUUGUUGGGGAACAGAACGCCAGUUGAGAUUGAUAUACGGGGGCUGCAGGGCAGAAGCGCAUAUCAUCAGCGGACCAGCUGCGGUGCAGGCGGCGCUACUAGUAAACACGUCCUGAACGCAUCCUUCCAGACAUGGGUUGCUAUGACUGCUGUAUGCGCUGUUUGGGUGGGGUGCCAUAUUGCUCCCUCGUCGCCACAUUGCUCUGCUUCUCUGGCAUUGCCCUCUUCUGCGGCUGUGGACACCAGGCGCUUACAGAGACGGAGAGACUCAUCGAAACGUACUUUGCACGUAACCUCCAGGACUACAUCACCCUCGCCUUCAUCAUUCAAUAUUUCCAGUAUGUCAUCUAUGGUUUGGCCUCCUUUUUCUUCCUUUAUUGCAUCGUGUUGCUGGCUGAGGGCUUCUACACCACAAGCGUUUCCAAGCAAACCUUUGGAGAGUUCAGGAGCACCAUGUGUGGCCGCUGUCUCAGCUCCUCGUUUAUAGUGAUGACAUAUGUACUUGCUGUCCUGUGGCUGCUGGUGUUUGCGUUUUCGGCCUUGCCAGUCUACUUCUUCUACAACAUGGACGCAACCUGCAAGACCAUAGAUGUUCUGACUGAGACCCCAGCAAGUAUUAACCAGCUCUGUGUUGACGCAAGGCAAUAUGGGCUGUUGCCAUGGAAUGCAGUACCAGGGAAAGCUUGUGGCAUGAUCCUGUCCAAUGUUUGCAAAACCAGAGAGUAUCAAAUGACCUAUGACCUGUACAUCGCUGCCUUCGCCGGUGCGGGCAUCACUCUCUUGGCUCUGCUGACAUAUACUGUGUCAACCACCUAUAACUUUGCGGUUCUGCGGUAUCUUGGGAGAAAGGGCAUAGGUCCACGGUGUUAGCCACCCGGCGUCCUGUCUACUCUGUCGCCACUUUGCCAUCAUCAUGGGGGAUCUAAAGGAAUGGCAACACCUUUCACAUCCUCUGCACAAAACCAUCUGAGGUCAUGGACUCUUAUAUAUUGUGUUUUUUUUUUUUAUGUUUCUACUUCUAAGGAUGUAAUUUGUUUUUCCUUUUCUCUGUGUUGGAAUGGGUAUAAUUGCUGCUUUGACCUUCAAGUCAUAUUUUCCUUUUCACAUCACCAAAACAUUUGUAAGUUAUUUUGAUUGUUGAUUAUGGGGGCUAGUUUUCUAGAGUUAAUGUCAUCCUCCAGUUUCAGUCUAAACUUAAAUAACAUGGCACUAAUAGAUUAACAUUUGUAAGAAGUGAUCAACAGUUGGCAACUUGUCCAAGCAGAAUGCAGCUGUUACACAGAAUGGGUAUUGAAGGUUACCACAGCUGCCACUCCUCACAUCUGGUCACCAUGGAGGCAGACAAGCAUGCAGUUGCAGUCUCACGCUGACCUCAGGACUUUUCUCACGGGCCGGAGAAAAGCCACAACAAUGGAGUCACGCCUGUCUCACAAGCUAGCCAAUCAGGAGCUGGUUCGGGGGCCACCUGCGCCAUGAGCCUCUGCCAGGGUUACAUUACAUGUCAAGGGAGUGGGCCCUUUGGAUAAAGGAGGGUUAGACCUCUGCAAAGCCUCAAUGCAACUCCUCUGGGACCUCAACCCCCCUGCGCCCCCAUCCACCCUCAAAUAAUGGAAAAGAUGGAUUAAGAGUCAGGCAUCUAAAGGAAUUGAAAUGGUUUUUGGUAGCUCGUUACUGACAGAGGGAAAGUAUUGUUUAGAUCAAGUGAGGUCUGAAAUUGUUUCACAUAAUUGUGAGAUGCCAAGAGCACUAGGUGUUUACUUAUGAAGCACCCUGAUGGUAAUUAAACCAAAAACACUGCUAUGGUGUCAACCCCUGCCAUGACGGCAUAAUUGAGGUACUUUUAUAGAGUGUCUAAUUUUUGUAUGUAGUUAUUGUAUAACACAUCUUAAUGUAGCUAAAUGAGUCCUACUUUAAACUUUUUGUAAAACUAGCAGAUCCUGCUGCAGCAUAUGAAGUAAUUACUCUUUUUGGUGAAAUCUUACUUAGCUGUGAGUGUGUAUGUCAGGUGAUGGCUCGCUGGUAGAAUUAUUAUUUUUUUUUUCCUCUUUCAUCAUGCAUCAGUAAUUUUAGUAUGUGAAAUUGAAUGCAUUGAAGAGUUUGUGCACAGUGCCUUUGAAACCAUUUGCUCUCUGGAAAGCACAGGACCUGCUGUAGUGAGUGUAAAUCUGAUGCUCCCUCUUUGGCUUUCUGCCACAUGUAGGGGCCAAAGUGUGUUGUAAGGUGUUUUGUAUUUUCUCCUUGUGUCCACAGGUGCACUGUUGCCUCCACUUGGCUGUGUACCAGGUAUAUCUGAAGAUGCUAAGGCACAAGGUGAAAGAGGAGAGGAGAGGCUAUGAGCUGUAUAGAAGGAUGCAGAGAGACAGAGGAGGGACAUUGUGCUCUCCAUACUCUCUAAAUACGUUUGACAUCUCCUGACACCAGUAGAGUUCUGCUGCAGGAGCUUUCAAUAACACUUUUUAGUUUUUUCAUCUGAAUGAACCUUCAGUAGUGUUCAAGUUUAGUAUUAUUACGUGUUAGUUUUGUUAAACAGAUUCCCUUCAUUGUUUGGAUGUUAUCUUUAAAAUAUUGGCUAUGGUUGCUAUAUUAGAUUCUCAGUUGUAAAUUGGUACAAAUGCAGUUGGACAAUUUUGCUUUUUCUAAUCUGGGCUCAAUGCAUUAUUUCAUAUGUGCUGUAUGUGACCACUGGACUUCUUCAAAUCAGAGAUUUAGAAAAUGUAAAUCAGAAAAGACAGACAUGAUGCUUUUUGUUUUGUUUUUUUGUCUUUCCUUUGCCCAGAUCUGAUUUUACAGUGUGCACUGCAUACACAAUAUCCUUUUAAUGAAGGGAAAAUAAAGAUGCAAUGCAUGUUUUGAUCUUUGUUUUUAGUGAAGAGGAACAGUGUUCCCGUCUCCCGAAGCCCACACACACGCUUGUUCAGUGACACUCGAGAUCUUAAAUUAAAUCAACAUGUUCUUAAGAGUGAAAGUUCAAGAUCCACCUUU